AUGCAGCUGGACGUUCCCCAUUCCCCAGCUCCACCCGUUUGGCUUUCGAGUGUGCACCUGGAGGCCCACCACGCCCCCAUCUCCCGGCUGCCACGGACCGUGCCAGAGCGAACCAGGAGAAGCGGACAUUUGAAGGCGGAGGGUUCAGCAGUUCCCCCUCUCUGUCAAAAUAAACCCGCACCUGCUGUCCCCCCUCGGAACAAAGCCACAGCUUUCCCCGGGGCAGGGGCUGUGUGGGCUCCGUUGCUGCGCUGUCCUCCCGGGCACAAAUGCUCAGCGGCACCCGGGGGCCAUGUCACUAUUCCGCCAAGAGAGGGCACCACUGCACCGCGGUUGGGACCUCUCACAGUGGAGGGGCGGCGGUGUGUGUCCACUCUCUCCCCCAGAUGGGAGAGAUGGGCCGCGCUCCCAGCUCCGCCCUGGGUGUUAUAGACGAUUUCGCGGGGAUACAGGCUGCAGUUCGUAGCCGUUCCCCCGCGAUUCGCCGGAUUAAUAUACACCCAGGCUUAGGGAGAGUCAGCUUGUGUUUUACAGGAGGAAAUCCUCUCACUGUUAAACAAAGGAGCAAUCUGUGUCGUACCUCCUGCACAGUGUCAGAGCGGUUUUUACUCCAGGUAUUUUCUGGUCCCCAAACGGGGGGGGAGCGGUAUUCGCCCUAUCUUGGAUUUACGUGCUCUGAACAAAUAUCUCAGGAAAUACAAGUUCAGGAUGCUAACGCACACAUCCCUGCUGCGCCUUGUGCGACAGAGCGAUUGGUUCACUUCUGUCGAUCUGAAAGACGCGUAUUUCCACAUCCCGAUCUAUCCUCCCCACGGAAAGUAUCUGAGAUUUGCUUUCCAGGGGAUCUGUUACGAGUACCGCGUGCUCCCUUUCGGUCUGUCUUUAAGCCUGAGGGUGUUUGUGCGGUGCACGGAAGCGGCAAUAGCCCCGCUGAGACGCUUGGCCACAUAUCUAGACGAUUGGCUGCUGUUGGCACAAUCGGAGCAGGAGGCCAGGGCACACACACGUAUUCUCAUACGACAACUAGUCGAUCUGGGUUUCGUGAUGAACACGGAAAAGAGCAUGCUGUCUCCGGCACAGGGCGUAAUCUUUCUGGGAUUAUCCCUGGAUUCGGUGACUUAAGCGCGCCUCUCGGCGGACCGAGUGAAAGCUUUCAGGGCAUGUCUCGCGCUUUUUCAUCCGGGCAAAUCUGUUCAAUUCAGAUUGUGUCUUCGGUUACUCAGGCUGAUGGCCUCUGCCAUUCUUGUAGUCCAUCUCGGCCGCCUCCGCAUGAGGGAAUUCCAGUUUUGGGUGGCCUCUGACCCACAGGUGCCCAUGGGUUCCGUCCUGUCCAGGAAGGUGGUCACUACGGAUGCCAGCCUGACAGGUUGGGGCGGGAUUCACGAGGGCCGGUCUGUGAGGGGCCGCUGGGGUGUGGACCUCCAGUGGUCUCACAUAAAUUUUCUGGAACUUUCAGCGGUGUUCCUCUCCCUGAAACAUUUCCUUCCGUCUCUCAUGGGUCAUCAUGUCCUGGUGAAGAUGGACAAUACGACGACGGUGGCGUACAUCAACCAUCAGGGGGGAUUACGCUCCCGUCAGUUGCACAUGCUGGCACGCAGACUAAUCCUGUGGAGCUGUGGUCGUCUCCUCUCCCCUAGAGCGACGCACAUCCUGGGAGUCCUGAACACGGCCGCAGACCUGUUGUCCAGGGGAGCGCCGGUAUACGUGGAGUGAUCUCUGCACCCAGAGAUUGUGGAACAGAUAUGGGCCCAUUUCAGUCGGGCCAUGGUGGAUCUGUUCAUGUCGAGAGACAACGCGCAAUGCGCGCUGUUUUACUCUCUGCGCAGCAUGGAUGCUCCCCUCGGCGUAGACGCACUAGCGCAUGCCUGGCCGUGCGAGCGUCUUUACGCAUUCCCUCCCCUGGUCUUGAUACCCCCCACUCUAGCGCCUGGCUCUGUGGGCUUGGCCCCUGAGUGGCUAAAUCUGUCAGCUGUGGGCCUUUCACAGCACGUGAUUCCCACUAUACAAAGUGCUCGAGCCUCCUCCACUAGGUCUCUGUAUGACUGUAAGUGGAAAGUGUUUGAGGGGUGGUGUCACAGAAUUGGCCACAUUCCCUUUCAGUGUCCAGUAGGAGUGAUAUUGUCAUUCUUGCAGGACCUGAUUGACAAACGAAAAGCCUUCUCCACGAUUAAAGUGUACUUAGCGGCUAUCGCCGCAUGUCACGUGGGGUUUGGCGAGCAAACAGCGAGCCAGCACCCACUGGUUUGCCGUUUUAUGAAGGGAGCGUGCAGGCUUCUCCCCGUGUCCAGACCACUGGUACCACCGUGGGAUCUGGCUGUGGUUCUGGAGGGGCUUGAGGGCCCUCCUUUUGAGCCACUGGAGGGAGCGGACUUGAAACACGUGUCUCGCAAGACAGUGUUGUUGCUGGCUCUGGCUUUGGCUAAACGGGUUAGUGACAUCCAUGCGCUUUCGGUGCAUCCCUCAUGCGCCCAGGUCUUCCCGGGGGAUGUAAGGAUGAUUUUGAAGCCCAACCCGGCUUUUGUGCCUAAGGUGGUGGGCUCAUGUUCUCCUAUUGACCUUGUGGCUUUUGCUGCCUCACUGGGUAAGCAGUUGUCGCAUGCGUUAUGUCCGGUCUGUGUGGUGCGCACUUAUAUGGAUAGGACAAGGGGUUUCAGGAGGAGCUAUCAGCUGUUCGUCUCCUGGGCUAAUCCUCAUAAGGGGAAGGCUGUCUCAAAGCAGCGCCUAUCCCACUAGGUGGUGGAGGCGAUUGCUUUGGCUUAUACGAGUCAGGGUUUGCAGCCACCUGUGGGUCUGCGGGCGCACUCAACUCGGGGCUUGGCUGCAUCCUGGGCCUUAUUUAGGGGAGUUUCUGUUCAGGACAUCUGUGCUGCGGCGAGUUGGUCCUCACCACUCACUUUUGUCCGUUUCUAUAUGCUGGACGUCUCCGCUCCGUGCGUGGCACGAGCAGUUUUGCUGUCCUGCUAG